AACAUUUUCUAGGUCAUUCACAUUCUUGCCUUAAGCAAAACUAAUCUAGCCACUUAUUUUAAAAAUUCUUAUAAGUCACAGUAUCGUUUUAGUUUGGCAUUAUAGGUCAGAGUUAGAGAGCGGCAAAAGCAAACCUUUUUAUGUAAAUUUAACAAAAUUCAGCGCAAUUAUGGACGUGAUCGAUAAGACGCAGGAGAAACCAAUUAUUUCUGAAACUAUCGGUACGCAGGAGUUGAGCGGCAGAGCGGAGUCGCCGACAACGUCGCAAACGGAGCUCAAGGAGCAGCCAGUCGUCUACGACUAUAUGAAAUACCCGAAAAAGAAGGGUCGAGUUCUGCACAACCACAACCACAAUCGGCUCAAGAUGAAGAAGAGCGUCUCCUUCAAGUGUGUCGUGGAUCUGGUGACCUUCACCGACGAUUGGAAAAUGCAAACGAGCCAAAGCAGUCUGCGCACCGAGGACCAGCAGGUGCGUCUCAAACAGCACCACGUAUGACGAUGUAACCCAUAUCUAUAUAUGUACACAUCUAUAUAGAGAGGAAUGUGUACAAAUUUGAGACGGAACUUUUGAUCAUAAUC